AUUUGACGUUUUGCCGGCAGGUAGGGAAAAGAAGAGAGAGAAAUAAACCGCAUUCCCGUACGCAGCAGCAUAUCCCCAGCCGUGCAUCGUUUCCGUGCAUUCGAAAUUUAGUUAAUUUCUCACCAUUAUGGCCAUUAAUCCACAGUACGAGGAAAUUGGCAAAGGGUUCGUCACCCAGUACUACGCACUGUUCGACGAUUCGACCCAAAGGCCCAGCCUGGUGAACCUGUACAAUGCGGAACUAUCGUUCAUGACGUUCGAGGGGCAACAGAUACAGGGCGCCGCCAAGAUACUGGAGAAGCUGCAGAGCUUAACGUUUCAAAACAUCAAGCGGGUGCUUACGGCGGUCGACUCGCAGCCCAUGUUCGACGGGGGCGUACUGAUCAACGUGCUCGGCCGGUUGCAGUGUGACGAGGAUCCACCGCACGCCUACUCGCAGACGUUCGUGCUGAAGCCGCUCGGAGGAACGUUUUUCUGCGCGCACGACAUUUUCCGGCUCAACAUUCACAACUCGGCCUGAAAAGGAUACGGAGCGGAAAGGAAGAACCGAAGAACGAAGGAACUGCGUGUCCCGUCUAGCGGCAGAUCUGUUCUGUGUGUAUGAGUGCGUGCGUGCGUGGUGCGGUUCAAGCAACACCAAAUGUUGAUGUACACUUUUCUGAAUAAACAUAUGGAUUACUUUUAAAAGAAG